AUGCGUUUGCUAAAUGAGGAAUUCCAUAGACAAGCUAUAUGGUUAAUGGCCAAUCACCAUGGGUUAAAUUGGAAUCAUGGUUUUACACCACUACAUGAAUUCCAUAAUAUUAUCCAGAAUGUAACUAAGAAUGUGGAAGCAGUUUAUGUAAAAGGAAGGGAGAAGGCUCAGUACAUUAGAAAAUAUAGUUUAGCACCAGUGUUCGAAAUGGAUGAACACCCGGCUCUACCAAAAUUACCCCCGAAAUGUCCACAUCAUUUAAUACUGACAUGCAUAAAUGACAAUUUGAUUGUGCUGGUGCUGGUCCAUCCACAUGGGUUUGCCACUCUGGUCUAUUGUAGUGUACAAAACAAGGAAGCCGGGUCCCCACCACAAAAUCUGUCGUGGCUUCAAUUGGUAAUUUAUGCCAAGACAUCAACAAUUCCCAAGGAGUAG